AUGGUUCUAGAUGUGGUGGAUUGGGCUACCGGUAAUUCUCAAGCGCCGACCACUGGCUCUGACAAUUCUCCGAGUCAAGUCGGUGGGCCAAGCAGUCAGAGUGGAGCAGGCAGGACAGGCACUGGCACUGGCACUAGUGGCGGCAGCACUAAUGAGAGUCCAGAUGGGAGACCGUCGACUGAGACGCCUGGUAGGCCGGGUCAGGCAACAUCUCCAAGCUCGAGUGAUACGAGUCGCGGCAGUUCGAGCGAUCCGAGCUCCGUACCUAGCAGUAGCAGCAGCCCUUCUGACCCUGGCAGCUCGAACUCCUCUCCUGCUUCCCCUUCUAAUCCUGCCGGUACCGCAUCACGACUCUACCUACCGAGCAGCUCUCCCUCCGGACUGCCUACCACGUCGACUCCGCCCACCACCACGUCGCAGAUCGAGUCGACGACCACGCGGGUCAUCACUGCGCCUACAACGUCCUCGACCGGUCAAGGUACGCUCAAUGGCAAUCAAAAUGGCGGAAGCACCGGAUUCUUUGACAAUGCUGGAGCGGUCGGAGGCACAUUUGCGGCUGUUGGUAUCGUUGCAAUCAUCAUAUUGGCAGUGAUCUUCUGGCUUUUCUACCGCAGACGCAAAGCAGCCCAGAUGGAUGCGGACGUCGUGGCUGCCGCUUCUGCCGCUGCUGCCACUCAGCGAACGCCAUUCGAUGAUGAUGAUCCCGAGAUGAUUGAAGAUCCAUCGUAUGGACAGAGCCAGCAACACUAUGCAGCGCAGUAUGCUGCAUCUUCCGGCCGAGAGUACGAGCCCAGUCACUUCUCUGCGGGCACCCAACCUGGCUUUGCCGGAAUGGGCGCGUACGGAGCUGCUGGUGGAGCAGCGGCUGGAGCGGGCGCGGCUGCGGCUUACCAAGGCUACUACGACCACCAGAACGGAUAUGCGGAUCCUCAGGCCACUUCUCAGGGGCACUACUACGAUCCCAACGCUCCGGAUGGCUAUUACAACCAACAACCGAUGAGCCAAGGUCACGAGUACAGCCAAGGUGCUCAUACCGAUCCCAACGGCCAGCAGUUUCAGAUGAUGAACCAGCCUCAGGGACAGAGCGGAUGGGGGGUUCCCGGACACUCCCCACCUUUGGAUGCUGAAGAGGAUCAUUUGAAUCCUGCGCACAGCGGACCUAAUGGAACAUCUGCUGCCGCUCUGCAAGACGGAGUAGGCCCCAACCCGUACGGCGCGAGCGGACAAGACGGAAGGCUGGACAACACCGGCUUCCAGAGAGCUCAACAGACUGGCAGCUCCAGCAGCUUGCGGGACGACCAGGAUUACUCUAGAAAAGUCUUUGCCGUCACCAAUCCUUCUCAGCAGCAGCAGUGA